ACUGCAGCUGGAGACAAGGCAUCUUGUCUCCCACCCACCCUUCUUUCUGGGGCAGGGAGACCCUCCUCGGGGGGCAGCAUGGCCCGCGGAGACCCCCCAAAGGACUGCUAUUACCUGGUUGGGGUCGUUUUCUUCAUCCUGGGGCUGGGCACCCUUCUGCCCUGGAAUUUCUUCAUCACGGCCAUCCCGUACUUCCAGGCCCGCUUGGUGGGACCCAACGCCACAGUGGCCACCCCGGGGGCCAACGUCUCCGCGCCGACGGACGCUUUCAACUUCAGCAACUGGAUGACUCUCCUCUCCCAGCUGCCCCUGUUGCUCUUCACCCUGCUCAACUCCUUCCUGUACCAGUGCAUCCCGGAGUCCGUGAGGGUGGUGGGCAGCCUCCUGGGAAUGCUGCUUCUCUUCGCGGGCACGGCCGCCCUGGUCAAGAUGGACUUGAGCCCCGGACAUUUCUUCUCGAUCACCAUGGCCUGCGUCUGGUUCAUCAACUCGUUCUGCGCCAUCCUUCAGGGCAGCCUGUUCGGCCAACUGGGAACCCUGCCUCCGACCUACAGCACUCUGUUCCUCAGCGGGCAGGGCCUGGCCGGGACCUUCGCGGCCUUGGCCAUGCUGCUUUCCAUGGCCAGCGGAGUGGACGCUCAGACUUCGGCCCUGGGCUACUUUGUGACGCCGUGCGUGGGGAUCCUGCUUUCCAUCUUCUGCUACCUGCUCUUGCCCCACCUGGAGUUCGCCCAACAUUAUCUCAGCAAGAGGGCUUCCCAGCCCCAGGGCCAAGAACUGGAGACCCAGGCCAAACUGCUUCGAGCAGAUGAGAAGGAUGGGGUCCCCGAGAGCCCCCAGAAGGAAAUGCUGUCAUCGGAGCUGACGCCCGAGGAAGGGGAGCCAGAGAAGCCAUCCAUAAUGGCGGUGCUCAGAAAGAUCUGGUUGAUGGCCCUAUGCAUCGUGCUGGUCUUCACGGUCACCCUCUCCGUCUUCCCGGCCAUCACCGCCAUGGUGACCAGUUCCGCCGGCCCCGGGAAAUGGAGUCGUUUCUUUAACCCGGUCUGCUGCUUCCUGCUCUUCAACAUCAUGGACUGGAUGGGACGGAGUGCCACCUCCUACUUGCUGUGGCCAGACAAAGACAGCGGGCUGCUGCCGCUGCUGGUCUGCCUCCGCUUCCUGUUUGUGCCGCUCUUCAUGCUGUGCCACGUUCCAGAGCGGCGGUACCUGCCCGUGAUCUUCCCCCAGGACACCUGCUUCAUCGUCUUCAUGCUGCUCUUCGCCCUCUCCAACGGCUACCUGGUUUCCCUCACCAUCUGCCUGGCACCCAGGCAAGUCCUGCCCCACGAGAGCGAGGUGGCCGGUCUUCUCAUGACCUUUUUCUUGGCUCUGGGACUGUCCUGUGGGGCCACUCUGUCCUUCCUCUUCAAGUACCUGCUCUGAAGCCGGAGGCCCGGGCCCUAGACUCCCCUCCCGGACCACCCCCGGAGGGAGACGGGGGUCCGGAGGAAAGAGGCGGGUCCUCAUCGCCUCCCCUAAAUCUCCGAUUUAGAAAGGGAAGCAGUGUGGCUUAGCGGAUAGACCCACGGCCUAGGAGUCAG